AUGGAGCGGGAUCAGAACCGGGCCCGGAACGGUUCGGGAUGGAGCGGGCUCAGAACCGGGCCAGGAUCGGUUCAGGAUGGAGCGGGCUCAGAACCGGUCCGGAUCGGUUCGGGAUGGAGCGGGCUCAGAACCGGGCCCGGAACGGUUCGGGAUGGAGCGGCCUCGGAACCGGGCCCGGAUCGGUUCGGGAUGGAGCGGGCUCAGAACCGGGCCCGGAUCGGUUCGGGAUGGAGCGGCCUCGGAACCGGGCCAGGAAUGGUUCGGGAUGGAGCAGGCUCAGAACCGGUCCCGGAUCGGUUCGGGAUGGAGCGGGAUCAGAACCGGGCCCGGAAUGGUUCGGAUGGAGCGGGCUCAGAACCGGGCCAGGAUCGGUUCAGGAUGGAGCGGGCUCAGAACCGGGCCCGGAUCGGUUCGGGAUGGAGCGGGCUCAGAACCGGUCCCGGAUCGAUCGAGGACAUGGCCAUGCUGACCUUCCUCCACGAGCCCGCCGUGCUCUUCAACCUCAAGGAGCGCUACGGAGCCUGGAUGAUCUACACCUACUCGGGGCUCUUCUGCGUCACCGUCAACCCCUACAAGUGGCUGCCGGUCUACGACCCACAAGUGGUGGCCGCCUACCGGGGCAAGAAGCGCAACGAGGUCCCGCCCCACAUCUUCUCCAUCUCCGACAACGCCUACCAGUACAUGCUGACAGACCGCGAGAACCAAUCCAUCCUCAUCACCGGCGAAUCGGGGGCGGGGAAAACGGUGAACACCAAACGCGUCAUCCAAUACUUCGCCAGCAUCGCCGCCAUCGGCGACCGCAAGAAGGAGGCGACCAAUAGCAACAAGGGGACCCUGGAGGAUCAAAUCAUCCAGGCCAACCCCGCGCUGGAGGCUUUUGGCAAUGCCAAGACCGUGCGCAACGACAACUCCUCGCGAUUCGUGAGUGGGGCCUGUGGGGUCUACCUCCUGGAGAAGUCCCGCGUCAUCUUCCAGCUGAAGGCGGAGCGGAACUACCACAUCUUCUACCAGAUCCUCUCCAACAAGAAGCCGGAGCUUCUGGAGAUGCUGCUGGUCACCUCCAACCCCUACGACUACGGUUACGUCUCCCAAGGCGAGGUGACCGUGGCCUCCAUAGAUGACUCUGAGGAGCUGUUGGCCACCGACAGCGCCUUUGAUGUCCUGGGCUUCACGGCCGAGGAGAAGGCCGGUGUCUACAAGCUGACGGGUGCCAUCAUGCACUUCGGCAACAUGAAGUUCAAGCAGAAGCAGCGGGAGGAACAGGCGGAGCCUGACGGCACCGAAGACGCCGACAAGUCCGCCUACCUGAUGGGGCUGAACUCGGCCGACCUUCUCAAGGGCUUGUGUCACCCACGCGUCAAGGUGGGCAACGAGUACGUCACCAAGGGCCAGAGCGUCCAGCAGGUCUACUACUCCAUCGGGGCCUUGGCCAAGGCCGUCUACGAGAAGAUGUUCAACUGGAUGGUGGUGAGGAUCAACAACUCGCUGGACACCAAGCAACCGCGCCAAUACUUCAUCGGCGUCUUGGACAUCGCCGGCUUCGAGAUCUUCGAUUUCAACAGCUUCGAGCAGCUCUGCAUCAACUUCACCAACGAGAAGCUCCAGCAGUUCUUCAACCACCACAUGUUCGUGCUGGAGCAGGAGGAGUACAAGAAGGAGGGCAUCGAGUGGGAGUUCAUCGACUUCGGCAUGGACCUCCAGGCCUGCAUCGACCUCAUCGAGAAGCCCAUGGGCAUCAUGUCCAUCCUGGAGGAGGAGUGCAUGUUCCCCAAGGCCUCGGACAUGACCUUCAAGUCCAAACUCUACGACAACCACCUGGGCAAGUCGGCCAACUUCGGGAAGCCCAGGAACGUCAAGGGCAAGUCCGAGGCUCACUUCUCGCUCACCCACUACGCCGGCACGGUGGACUACAACAUCCUGGGCUGGCUGGAGAAGAACAAGGACCCCCUCAACGAGACGGUGGUGGGGCUCUACCAGAAAUCCGCCCUCAAGCUCUUGGCCCACCUCUUCUCCAACUACGCCGGGGCGGAUUCUGGAGGUGACAGCGGCAAGGGGAAAGGAGCCAAGAAGAAAGGUUCCUCCUUCCAGACAGUCUCAGCCCUGCACCGGGAGAACCUCAACAAGCUGAUGGCCAACCUCAAGACCACCCACCCCCACUUUGUCCGCUGCCUGGUCCCCAACGAGCGGAAGGAGCCGGGUGUGAUGGACAACGCCCUGGUCAUGCACCAGCUCCGCUGCAACGGCGUCCUGGAGGGAAUCCGCAUCUGCCGCAAGGGCUUCCCCAACCGCAUCCUCUACGGGGACUUCCGCCAGCGGUACCGCAUCCUGAACCCCGCGGCCAUCCCCGAGGGACAAUUCAUCGACAGCCGCAAGGGCGCCGAGAAGCUCCUGGGCUCCAUCGACAUUGACCACAACCAGUACAAGUUUGGGCACACCAAGGUCUUCUUCAAGGCGGGGCUGCUGGGCCAGCUGGAGGAGAUGCGGGACGAGCGCCUGUCCCGCAUCAUCACGCGCAUCCAGGCGCGGGCGCGGGGGCAGCUCAUGCGCCUCGAGUUCAAGAAGAUCGUGGAGCGCCGGGACGCGCUGCUGGUGAUCCAGUGGAACCUCAGGGCCUUCAUGGGCGUGAAGAACUGGCCGUGGAUGAAGCUCUACUUCAAGAUCAAGCCCUUGCUGAAGAGCGCGGAGACGGAGAAGGAGAUGCAGAACAUGAAGGAGGAGUACGGGCGGCUGAAGGACGCCCUGGAGAAGUCGGAAUCGCGGCGGAAGGAGCUGGAGGAGAAGAUGGUCUCCAUGCUGCAGGAGAAGAACGACCUCCAGCUCCAAGUGCAGGCUGAGCAGGACAACCUGAAUGACGCCGAGGAACGCUGCGACCAACUGAUCAAGAACAAGAUCCAACUGGAGGCCAAGGUGAAGGAGCUGACGGAACGUCUGGAGGACGAGGAGGAGAUGAACGCCGAGCUGACGGCCAAGAAGAGGAAGCUGGAGGACGAGUGUUCGGAGCUGAAGAAGGACAUCGAUGACCUGGAGCUGACCCUGGCCAAGGUGGAGAAGGAGAAACACGCCACUGAGAACAAGGUCAAGAACCUGACGGAAGAGAUGGCAGGGCUGGACGAGACCAUUGCCAAGCUGACCAAGGAGAAGAAGACUCUGCAGGAGUCCCACCAGCAGACACUGGAUGACCUGCAGGCCGAGGAGGACAAGGUCAACACCUUGACUAAGGGCAAAGUCAAGCUGGAACAGCAAGUGGAUGACCUUGAAGGCUCCCUGGAGCAGGAGAAGAAGAUCCGGAUGGACCUGGAACGGGCCAAGAGGAAACUGGAAGGUGACCUGAAGCUGACCCAGGAGAACAUCAUGGAUCUGGAGAAUGACAAGCAGCAGCUGGAGGAGAAGCUCAAGAAGAAGGAGUUUGAGAUCCACCAGCAGAACAGCCGGAUUGAGGACGAGCAGGCGCUGGCUCUGCAGCUCCAGAAGAAGCUGAAGGAGCUCCAGGCGCGGAUCGAGGAGCUGGAGGAGGAGCUGGAGGCUGAGCGGACAGGCCGGGCCAAGGUGGAGAAGCAACGCUCGGAGCUGUCACGGGAGCUGGAGGAGCUCAGCGAACGUCUGGAGGAAGCCGGUGGUGCCACCUCGGCCCAGCUGGAGCUCAACAAGAAGCGAGAGGUGGAAUUCCAGAAGCUGCGGAGGGACCUGGAGGAAGCCACCCUGCAGCACGAGGCCACCGCGGCCGCGCUGAGGAAGAAACACGCCGACAGCGUGGCCGAGCUGGGCGAGCAGCUGGACAACCUCCAGCGCGUCAAGCAGAAGCUGGAGAAGGAGAAGAGCGAGCUCAAGCUGGAGCUGGACGACCUCAGCGCCAAUGUGGAGCAGCUGAUCAAGUCUAAGGUGGCCAUGGAGAAGGUGUCCCGCUCCAUGGAGGACCAGGCUGCCGAGCACUUGGCCAAGCUGGAGGAGACCCAACGUGUCCUCAACGACGCCAACACCCAACGGGCCAAGCUGCAGACGGAGAACGGUGAGCUGUCACGGCAGCUGGAGGAGAAGGAGGCGCUGGUGUCCCAGCUGACCCGAGGGAAGGUGUCCUACACCCAGCAGCUGGAGGACCUGAGGAGGCAGCUGGAGGAGGAGAUGAAGGCCAAGAACGCGCUGGCGCACGCGCUGCAGUCGGCCCGGCACGACGGGGACCUUCUGCGGGAGCAGUACGAGGAGGAGACCGAGGCCAAGGCCGAGCUCCAGCGCGCGCUCUCCAAGGCCAACUCCGAGGUGGCCCAGUGGAGGACCAAGUAUGAAACAGAUGCCAUCCAACGGACCGAGGAGCUGGAGGAGGCCAAGAAGAAGUUGGCUCAGCGUCUGCAGGAGGCCGAGGAGGCCGUGGAGGCCGUCAACGCCAAAUGCUCCUCGCUGGAGAAGACCAAGCACCGUCUGCAGAACGAGAUUGAGGACCUGAUGGCCGACGUGGAGCGCUCCAACGCAGCCGCCGCCGCUCUGGACAAGAAGCAGAGGAACUUCGACAAGGUCCUGGCUGAGUGGAAGCAGAAGUUCGAGGAGUCACAGACGGAGCUGGAGGCGUCUCAGAAGGAGGCCAGGGCCCUCAGCACUGACAUCUUCAAGCUGAGGAACAUCUACGAGGAGUCCCUGGAGCACCUGGAGACCUUCAAGAGGGAGAACAAGAAUCUCCAAGAGGAGAUCUCGGACCUCACGGAGCAGCUCGGCGCCGGCAACAAAUCCAUCCACGAGCUGGAGAAGGUCCGGAAACAGCUGGAGGCCGAGAAGAUGGAGCUCCAAGCUGCUCUGGAAGAAGCUGAGGCGUCCCUGGAGCACGAGGAGGGGAAGAUCCUGAGGGGACAGCUGGAGUUCAACCAGGUGAAGGCCGAGUACGAGCGGAAGCUGGGGGAGAAGGAGGAGGAGAUGGAGCAGGUGAAGCGCAACCACCUUCGGGUGGUGGAGUCGCUCCAGACCUCGCUGGACGCCGAGACACGGAGCCGCAACGAGGCCCUCAGGCUGAAGAAGAAGAUGGAGGGCGACCUCAAUGAGAUGGAGAUCCAGCUCAGCCACGCCAACCGCGGCGCCAACGAGGCCCAGAAGCAGGUCAAGGCUCUGCAGGGCUACCUGAAGGUACCUGUCCAUGGGGACGUGGAGGGGUUGGAGGAACCUGAAGGUCCCAUGGGGAUGGAGGUGGAGGAGGUACCUGAAGGUCCUACAGGGACNUACAAGAGACAGGCGGAGGAGGCGGAGGAACAGGCCAACACCAACCUGGCCAAGUUCCGGAAGGCGCAGCACGAGCUGGACGAGGCCGAGGAACGUGCGGACAUCGCCGAGUCCCAGGUCAACAAACUGCGGGCCAAGAGCCGUGAUAUCGGAGCCAAGAAGCUGCACGAUGAGGAGUGACCCAUCCCCAGGAGGGACCCACCAGACCCACCCCCACCAUGAGUGACCACCUCAAGGGACCCAUCACCACCAUGAGUGACCACCCCAAGUGACCCAUCACCACCAUGAGUGACCACCUCAAGUGACCCAUCACCACCAUGAGUGACCACCUCAAGUGACCCAUCACCACCAUGAGUGACCACCCCAAGUGACCCAUCACCACCAUGAGUGACCACCUCAAGUGACCCAUCACCACCAUGAGUGACCACCUCAAGUGACCCAUCACCACCAUGAGUGACCACCUCAAGAGACCCAUCAUCACCAUGAGUGACCACCCCAAGUGACCCAUCACCACCAUGAGUGACCACCUUGAGUGACCCAUGGCCACCAUGAGUGACCACCGCAAGUGACCCAUCACUAUGAGUGACCACCUCAAGUGACCCAUGGCCACCAUGAGGGACUCCACUGCCACCACAGGUGAUCCACCAUGAUGAAGAACCCACCAUGACAAUGACUGACCAACCAACACCGUGAUGGACCCACCACCACCAUCAUGGACCCACAAUGGUGAUGAUGAUGGUGAUGAUGGAGCCACCACCACUGACCCAUGAUGACCAUGAUGGACCACCAUGAUGGACCCAUGGUGACACUCAUGGACUCAUCACCACCACAAUGGACCCACGGUGAUGAUGAUGAUGAUGAUGAUGAUGAUGAUGAUGAUGAUGAGGGUGAUGAUGGUGCCACCACCUCUGACACAUGAUGAACCACCAUGAUGGACCCAUGGUGACACUCAGGGACCCAUCACCACCAUCAUGGACCGAUGAUGAUGAUGAUGAUGGUGCCACCACCAUGAUGGAGCCACCACCUCUGACCCAUGAUGAACCACCAUGAUGGACCCAUGGUGACGCUCAUGGACUCAUCAUCACCAUCAUGGAUCGAUGAUGAUGAUGACAAUGAUGAUGAUGAUGAUGGAGCCACCACCUCUGACCCAUGAUGAUGAUGAACCACCAUGAUGGACCCAUGGUGAUGCUCAUGGACCCAUCACCACCACAAUGGACCCAUGAUGAUGAUGAUGGUGAUGAUGAUGGUGAUGAUGGAGCCACCACCUCUGACCCAUAAUGAACCACCAUGAUGGACCCAUG